UUGAUGCAAACCGCGGCACAACCAAGUGCGUGCAACGAAUUUUUACGGCUGCACCGAUGCGCACGGCUCGAAGGCAAAGCUAGCUCAUCAACCAGCAAUGGAACCGCCGGCCGGCGACGGCGACGCGCAGGACCGGCAGCGACAGGACGGAGACCCCACCGCGGCCACGGCGCCGGUCGUGUCGCUGCGGCCGCUGGGCCUGGCGGACGCGGACGCUUUCAUGGCGUGGGCGUCGGACGACCGCGUGAUGCGGUUCCUGAAGCGGCCGCUCUGCGCCACCGCCUGCUCCCGGGUGGCGCAGAUCCGGGACACCGUGCUGGGCCACCCGUGGUUCGGCGCCGUCUGCGUCGGCGGCCGCCCCGUGGGGCAGGUCUCCGUGUGGCCGUACGCCGACGAGGGCGGCCGCAGGGCCAACCUCGGCUACGCCCUGGCGCGGGACCACUGGGGCCGGGGCAUCGCCGCCGCCGCCAUCAGGAUGGUGGUGGGGAGGGUGUUCGACGACCUGCCGGGGCUGGAGCGGCUGGAGGCGGUGACGGACGUGGAGAACGUGCGGUCGCAGCGGGUGCUUGAGAAGGCCGGCUUCCAGAGGGAGGGGGUGCUGCGCAGGUACAUCGCCGGACGCGGCGGCGGCCAGGCCAGGGACGCGGUGAUCUACAGCUUCCUGUCGUCCGACCGCCUGUGAUGCCAUGACUCGCAAUGGUCGCCGUGGCUCGCGACAGAAUGGAACACAGCUUCAUGUGCUGCUGCAAAGAAGGAAUUCUGAAACAGAAAUGCCUGGUUCGAUCAUGCUUCCUUGAACUGAAUCGUCGUAGCCUGGCAGAGUUGCAAUGGUUGAAGAACGAUGGAAUUCCCCCUGAAUGUUGUGGAAACAGCCUACUAAAAGUGCAUAAAUUUUCGUUUUCAAAAAAGAAGUGCAUAAAUUUGAUGGCAAAUAGAUUGAUUGGUCAGAAACCUUUACCACUACAAAUAACCGAGGUUGUGAUUUCGUUGGCUGACCAGUCAAGGUCUCCUCGUAAUGCAGGAAUUUCACUGGAA